GGAGGGCCUCUUAGAAGAGUCUUCAUGUGUAAGCUGGAGGAUCCUCUGCUGAGAAAGCUAUUCCACUGCUCUUUAAAAGUUUGAGUAGUCUUGAAAUGAUGUUCUGGGUCUAAGCUGUUGGAAUGAAUGAAGAAAUAGGCCCCAAAUGAAUGCUGGCUCAGUUUAUGGCUCUUUGAAGCACUGGGAAAGGAAUUCUGAUCAGAAGUGUGUACCUGAAGGCAGCUGAAGUCUGUAUCUGUAGACCUGAAUGUUGAUCCUUCUCUCCAAAUUGAUAUCCCUGAUGCCCUAAGUGAAAAGGACAGAGUGAAGUUCACUGUGCACACUAAGACUACACUGCCAGCUUUUCAAAGCCCUGAGUUUUCAGUUACAAGGCAGCACGAAGACUUUGUGUGGUUACACGAUACACUCACUGAAACUGAAGAGUAUGCAGGACUCAUUAUACCUCCAGCACCUUCAAAGCCUGACUUUGAUGGUCCCAGAGAGAAGAUGCAGAAGCUGGGGGAAGGAGAAGUGUCCAUGACAAAAGAAGAGUUUGCCAAAAUGAAGCAAGAGCUGGAAGCUGAAUACCUCGCUGUCUUCAAGAAGACUGUCUCAUCACAUGAGAUCUUCCUGCAGCGGAUUGCUUCUCAUCCUGUGCUCAGCAAAGAUCGCAAUUUCCAUGUUUUCCUGGAGUAUGACCAGGACCUGAGUGUUCGGAGGAAAAACACUAAAGAGAUGUUUGGUGGCUUUUUAAAAAGUGUAGUAAAGAGUGCUGAUGAGGUCCUCUUCUCUGGAGUCAAGGAAGUAGAAGAUUUUUUUGAGCAAGAGAAGACUUUUCUUGUGAACUACUACAACAGAAUCAAGGAUGCAUGUGCAAAAGCAGAUAAGAUGACAAGAUCUCAUAAAAAUGUUGCAGAUGACUAUAUUUAUACUUCAGCUUGUUUGAACAGCCUGGCAUUAGAAGAGCCUACAGUUAUCAAAAAGUACUUGUUGAAAGUUGCAGAGCUCUUUGAGAAACUCAGGAAGGUAGAGAGUAGAGUUUCAUCUGAUGAAGACUUGAAGCUCUCUGAACUGUUGAGAUACUACAUGCUCAAUAUAGAAGCUGCUAAGGAUCUUCUGUACAGACGAACCAGGGCUCUUGUUGACUAUGAGAACUCAAACAAAGCUCUAGACAAAGCCAGACUAAAGAGCAAGGACGUCAGGCUGGCUGAGGCACAUCAACAGGACUGCUGUCAGAAGUUUGAAAAGAUUUCAGAAUCUGCUAAACAAGAACUGAUGAGCUUCAAACAGAAGAGAAUAGCAGCAUUCCGUAAAAACUUAAUUGAAAUGGCAGAACUGGAAAUAAAACAUGCAAAGAACAAUGUGUCUCUCCUGCAGAGCUGUAUUGACUUGUUCAAGAACUGAGGAGUCUUACUCUGAAAAUGUGACAAAAGCAUCAAUUGCACUCAAUAGCCAGGGGCAACUUAUUGGCUUGACUUCAUUAGCUUAAAAUAAUAUUGUCACUGAGAUUGUUUCACUAAUACUUAGGUAUGUUGAUAGUGAUACAUUGACUUUAUUGGUAUAAAUGGGAGCUGAAUUGUGUAUGAAUUGUCUGGAUGUAGCUAACAUCCUGUUGGCUGAUAACUCAAAAUGAGUCAAAUGUAAGAAAUUAAUUUGCUGUUGACUGACUUCAUCUAGCAGAAAAAGUUUACUGAAAACUCCUUUUUUGCAGGAUCAUAGUCUGUCUCUUCAUGGCCCUGAUGUAUUUAAAACUUGCCAAGUGAGAGUGACUAAAGGGGAAUAAUUUUAUAAAGUGAAUAUCUUAGCAUUCCACUUCCCAGACAGAUUUCUACUACAAUAUAUUUUGAAUUUCUAUAACUACAUUCACUAUUUGUACACUUGGGCAACACAGCAAAUAAAGAUGUCUGACACAACAA